AUGAAGAAGGCGGCAGAAUUCAUGAAGCAUAUAAUAAACAUGUUGGCUGGUCUUGCAAAGGACAAGACCAAGGAGCUAAAGAGGAAGACAAGAGCAUUCAAGUCCCGUCUCGUAAUAUUCUCAUUGCUCCAUAACAAAAGCAUGGUGUUGAGCUCGUGGUCUCACAAGCUCAAGGCAAAGCCAACAUCAAGAAAGAUAGACCAUGGUCAGGAACAAGAUCAUCAGGAUGAUCAAAACAUGGUGGUGGUGUAUAGCCACAACGCCGUGUCUAGUACUCCUGUCUCUCCCCAUGUACAAUAUCAAUAUGUAGAAGAGGAAGAGGACGAGGACGAGGAAAAGUACCCAGACCUAAGACACUCGCUGUUCGAAGCAGAGGGUUCGGUGAUAGACUUGGUGAAGCAUUCUAAGGAGGACAAGGGAGAAGAGUUUCGGUUGGAAGAUGAGAUAGACAAAGUGGCUGACCUUUUCAUUACUCGGUUCCACCGACAAAUGUGGUUGCAGAAGCAGCUAUCUCUCGAGAGUAUUCAAGAUACAUCUUCCUGA